AUGCGCACCAAGCGCGAGCAAGGACAGUGCGCCUUCAACAAGGACUACGCGAUCGCGAACAUCAGCGAGUGGGCAAUCAUGCCGAAAAGCGAGGACGCCCUGGCGUACGCCCUGUGGAAAGUGGGCCCCAUCCCGGUCAGCCUGAACGCGGCUCCAAAAUCGUUCCAGCUGUACAGCAAGGGCAUUUACGACGACGAAGCCGCCUGCGAUAACUCGAAAGUCAACCACGCGAUGCUCCUGCUCGGCUACACCAAGGACUACUGGAUACUGAAGAACUGGUGGGGUGGCUGGGGAGAGGACGGGUACAUGCGGCUGGCCCGCGGCAAAAACCUCUGUGGCAUCAGCAACUACGCCGGUUAUGUUACGGUUUGA